ACACUGCGGGCGCCGGCAGGCUGCUGCAACUGGAGGCGGCGGCGCAUCCGGGGGGAGCCUGCAGCAGCAGAGGAGGCCUGGAGCCCAGGUGGGAGCGGGAGCCAGGGCGGGACCUGGGACGCUGGGAGAGGCCCCAAGUGCCCAGGCAAGUCCUCCCAACGCGAGGCUUCGAGAAAAGAUCAAGGACUGAGCUCCCGGCACCAUGAACCCCACCAUUGGCUUCGCUCUUCUGCUGACAGUCUUGCAGGUAGCCCGUGGGCAGAAAGUGACCAGCCUGACAGCGUGCCUGGUGGACCAGAGCCUUCGUCUGGACUGCCGCCAUGAGAACUCUACCACCUCGCCCAUCCAGUAUGAGUUCAGCCUGACCCGGGAGAAAAAGAAGCACGUGCUCUAUGGCACUAUGGGGGUGCCUGAGCACUCAUAUCGCUCCCGAACCAACUUCACCAGCAAGUACAACAUCAAGGUCCUCUACUUAUCCAGCUUCACCACCAAGGACGAGGGAACGUACACCUGUGAACUCCGGCUCUCUGGCCAGCCCCCCAUCACCUCCAGCAAGAAUGUUUCUGUGCUCAGAGACAAACUGGUCAAGUGUGAGGGCAUCAGCCUGCUGGCCCAGAACACCUCGUGGCUGCUGCUGCUCCUGCUCUCCCUGCCUCUCCUACAGGCCAUGGACUUCAUCUCCCUGUGACUGCUUGGGCAGGAAGCCACAUGGCCCGGGCCAGAGACCCUACUUCUCUGCGUUGGCUGACCCCCUCCCCCCCAAGUCGCUCACACAGCUCGAGGAACAAUGGGGACCCCCCCAUAAGGAAUCCCAGCGCCGCAUGCAUCACCGCCCCAGCCCUCUGCCACCCCCCACCAUCUCACUCCCUCUCCGCACGCCACUGGCUGUCUUUUUUUUUUUUUUGUACUCUUUGUUCCAGAGCUGCUUCUAUCUGGUUUAUCCUUCCUUUUCUUUGGGAGUUUGUGAAAAGGGAAGCCAGGGUUGGGGACGUGAUGGAGAGUGAGGGAAUGGAAGAGGUAGAAGGAUAGAGGGUCCCAGGGGGACGAAGGAGGGGGGUCAUCCUUGCCCACCAGGACCAAGGGCCUGGGAGAAACCUGGAGAAGAAGAAGGAGGAGGUGCAUCUGGGCCUAGUACAUCCCUCAGCAGGUGGGGAUGGUGCCCAAAGACCCCGGAUGUGAGGGCACUGCCAAGCGUUUGUGGCCCAUCACAAGAGGACAGAACUGAACAUCUCCGGGAGCAUUCUCUGCCACAGCAAGAAGCUGUCUUUUUACCACUGCAGAGGUCCCCUGGGAUUGUGGGCCUGGCAUGGCCAGGUGACAGAGCAGAAUCUGCCUGGGAGUGGUGCUGAAGGAGGGCUGCAGAUAGGAAGAAGAGAGGGUCCAGCAUUCCUCUGUACCUGAUGAAACUACAAUUAAGAGCCUACUGUCCCUCACUACCUCAGCCAGCAGCUGAGCGGGUGGCAGAGGACCAGCCUCCUCCCAACCAGUCCCAAGCUCCUAAGAGCUUCCAGAAUUCUGACCUAGAGGCAGGAAGCCAGGCCAGGUGGAGUCCCUGAGCAGAGGAGUGUGUGGCCCGAGUGUUCGGGAGGCUCUUCUUUCCCUCCCUGGUCAGUGCCAGACCCCAGUGGCUGGAGGCUGAGCCUUCCGACAGUCCUCUGCUCUACAGGUCAGGCUUCUUGGGGUUCUGGGAGGUUUGGGGUGGGGGAAUCUGAGGCAGCCCUUGGAGAGAGACAUGCCUUGAUAGAAGGCUGUUCCCAACCCCCAGCUCCCUGCCCCACCCUGGCAGCAGUGUCCUGUCCUGUGACUGUGUAUAGUGCACCACAGCUUCCGGUAUCUCAUUGAGGAAAAAAAGAACCACACAAUAAAACCAAGCCUCUGGAGAA